ACUGCGGCUGCGCGAACCAAACGGGCAGGCGUCGCGCGCCGGCCACUUCCGCACUUCCGCUUUCCUGCCCAGCCAGCGCCCGCGAUGACUGCCACUCUCCGCCCCUACCUGAGUGCCGUGCGGGCCACACUGCAGGCUGCCCUCUGCCUGGAGAAUUUCUCCUCCCAGGUCGUGGAACGACACAACAAGCCGGAGGUGGAAGUCAGGAGUAGCAAAGAGCUCCUGUUACAACCCGUCACCAUCAGCAGGAAUGAGAAGGAGAAGGUGCUGAUUGAGGGCUCCAUCAAUUCUGUCCGGGUCAGCAUUGCUGUGAAGCAGGCUGAUGAGAUAGAGAAGAUUUUAUGCCACAAGUUUAUGCGCUUUAUGAUGAUGCGAGCAGAGAACUUCUUUAUCCUUCGAAGGAAACCAGUUGAGGGAUAUGACAUCAGUUUUCUGAUCACCAACUUCCACACAGAGCAGAUGUACAAACACAAGUUGGUGGACUUUGUGAUCCACUUCAUGGAGGAGAUCGACAAAGAGAUCAGUGAGAUGAAGCUGUCAGUCAAUGCCCGUGCACGCAUUGUGGCAGAAGAAUUCCUCAAGAAUUUUUGAACCACCUGGCUGGAUCUUGAGGCCUCCCCCUCAGCCUCCCUGUGUGUCUGCGAAUCUGCGUGGGCGUCCUGGCGUCACCUCCCAGCGUGGCAGCAGCAGUGACUGCAGUGGCGGUGGCAGGGAGCUGGGGAGGGCGGGCAUCGGAUGUGGGAGGGGGGUAGUGUGCUUGCUAGCUGGACAAGAAAGCAGCGUGGACCUGCCUCAAGGCCACAUGUGCCUGGUCAGGCUGGCUUCUGAUGCUCAGUCCCCUGGGCCGGGACACUUGUUUUUUAACAUCUUGAAAUUUAACUCUGUGCUUGUAGAAGACUGUAACCUUUUUGUCUUUUUUUUUUUUUUUUUUUUUUUUUUUUUUUAAACAAUCUCCACCUCCAGUGGCUGUGACUGGUCCCAGUGAUUGUACCUUUUUGGUCGCUGUGGGUCUGGGCGGGCCUGGAGCCGAAGGCGACAACUUUUUCUCCCCUGUGCCACCUCUGGUGGGGAGAGAAGGAAGUUUCAGACUCCGGUUUCUCUCCCUUGCCCUCUUAUUCCCAAGCUUCUCUGGGCUCAGUAGAAGUUGCAGGAACCUUUGCCAGCUCCAAGCUCUGCCUGAAGAUGGCUUUCCAGUGCUGGUUGGGGGUAAGGGCUGGGUCUGUGACUACCAGCCACAUCUAGGAGCUGGGGCCCAAAAGCCAGGCCACCUCUGGCUGCAGGGGCCAUUGCGAUGUCCUCCCUGCUGGGAAGGGCACUGUCUGGCCUGUCAGUGCAGCCCCUUUGCUGGAGGUGGAGGGUGAGGCCUGCAAGUUCCCAGCAGGGCCUCUGCCCGCUUCAGCGCCUCUGUUCCGCUUGCUGUCUCUUCUGGUUCUGGUGGCUCCUCCCUCCCCUAAUUAAAGUCUCUUCUUGCCCUUUGGGGCUGCAUGA